AUGAGCAAUGAGGAGAACACAAAUGAAGGCGAUUUAGACUAUGGGCGAUCAAGAGAAGUGAGCAUGUGGUCGAAUUCUGAUAGUUGUGUCGCAAGUAGAUCAACCUCUACUGUCGAUAGAUCCUCAUUUAAUAUUUAUCCCAAAGUUAAACAAGACGUUGACCGUACUGCUUAUAAACAACAAAAAUAUUGCAUUGUGUGUGAAACUCAAGUCGGAAAGCAUGGAAUCACAAAGGCAAAGAAGCUUUGUUGCAAAUUCUGCUUUAAUGCUGUAUGUGCAAAUUGUUCUCCACUUACCUUAAUGCAUCCUGAAACUCAUAUUUUAGAAAGAGUCUGCAUGACUUGUUUUUACGCUUCCAUUGAAGAUAAAAUGAAAAUAGCCGGAGAAAGCGAUAUUAAACAAAAAAUUGAACAAGAAAUUCAAGAAAAAAACAUGAUAAUAGCGAGAAAAAAGCUCUGUGAAAAUAAAAUCUCAGAUCUCGAAGACCUAUUAAAUGAGAAGUCAAAGCAAGAAAAUGACUUAAUUCGAGAAAUCCAAAAUUGCAAAAAGAAAAUGACUUCAAAGAUAGAUGAUGAAGAAAAGCUAAAAAAAUUAAGUGAAACUGUUAAAGAUGUAAGGGAAAUUAAUAUCCUUGAAGAAAUCCAGACGCUAGAAAGAGAAAAUAGCGACUUAAAAGAAAAAAUUGAGAGAGCUGCAGCGUUUCAAGCUUCCCAAAGAAGUGGGGCCUGCUGUCUUAUUCAAUAA